AUGAACACACUAGUGUCUGAGAUGAGGGCUGUCCUGAUGGGGAACAGCUGGUCUAAGAGGAGCUCAGUGGGGAACUUCAUACUGGAAGAGACUGUGUUCAACUGUCAUGAUGAAGCAGACCUCUGUCUGAGAGUCAAAAGAGAGCUGAAAGGGAAAGAAAUUGAUCUCAUCAACACUCCAGACCUGCUGUCACCUAAAAUCUCCCCAGAAGAUCUGACAAAACAUGUUGAGAACUGUGUGAGACUCUCUGCUCCUGGACCUCAUGUGUUUCUGCUGGUCCUCCAGCCUGCAGACUUCACUGAGGAUUACAAACAGAGGCUACAAAUGGUCCUUGAACUCUUUGGUGAUCCAUCACUUGACCGUGCACUGGUUCUGAUAAUGCCCAAAGACAAGAGUUCAACUUCCAUUGAAAAGUAUCUGCAGCAUCCACAGUUAGGAGACAUAAUCAAGAAAUGUAGUGGAAAAUUGUUGUGGCAGAACCUGGAACAUGAGCAACUGUUAGCAGCCAUAGAUACAGUGGUGAAGAAGAGCAUGGGGGAGGAUGUUUCCAGAGAGGAAACAUCUGUUUCACCCAGUCAAGAUGAGGAAGAUAAAGUCCCUGCCAACUUGGAUCCUUUAAGAGGUGCACAUGAGCUCAGGAUAAUGCUGUUUGGAAAAAGUGAGAACAAAAAAUCAGCCUUGGAAAAGCUCCUUAUUGGAAAAAAAGAGUUUAAAGUCCGUGGAGGAAAGCAACGUCAUGCUGCCUCUGGAGAGUGGAAAGGGAAACCAUUAACAGUAGUCAAAACCCCCGACAUCUUCAAUCUGUCUGUGAAAACUCUGUUUAAAGAGAUGAAGAGCUGUGUGAGUCUCUGUCCUCCUGGACCAAACGUUCUGCUGCUGAUUGUGAAACAUUCUGAUUUCACUGAAGAGGACAGAAAAACUCUGAAUUUGGUCCUGAACUUGUUUGGUCAAGAUGCAUUUAAACACUCAAUGGUCAUUAUAACUAAGAAAAAAGAGACAGGCAAUAACUCAGUGGAAAAACUCAUUGAAGACUGCAACCAAAGGCAGAACUGGUUUGACAAAAUGUAUUCUCCUACAGAAUACUCAGAGUUGAUGGAGGAUAUAAAUAAAAUAGUGAGUGAAAACUGGGGAACAUAUCUAAUGUUAAAAGAAGACGUUAAACACAAUCUGAAGUCCAGUCUGAAACUGGUUCUGUUUGGGAGGGAGAAGACUUCAGUAGCCAAGUCCAUUUUAGGUCAGACAGAGCUUCAUUCAGUCUCUAACUCAUCAGAGUGUGUUAAACAUCAGGGAGAGGUGUGUGGACGUCGGGUUUCCCUGGUGGAGCUGCCUGCCUUGUAUGGAAAACCUCAGGAGGCAGUGAUGGAGGAAUCAUUCAGGUGUAUCUCCCUCUGUGAUCCUGAGGGUGUCCAUGCCUUCAUCCUGGUCCUACCUGCAGCUGCCAUCACUGAUGAAGACAAGGGAGAGUUAGAGACCAUCCAGGAUGCAUUCAGCUCUCGAGUCAAUGACUUCACCAUGAUUCUGUUUACUGUGGACUCAGAUCCUACAGAUCCAGCUGAUGAAAAGUUUGUAAGUACAGACCAACAUAUCCAGGAGCUCCUUCAGACCUAUGGACAAAGACAUGUGGUUCUCAACAUCAAAGACAAAAAGAGGAUUCCAAAGAUGUUUGAGGUUGUGGACAAAAUUAGUGAGGCCACAGACAAACCACACUGUUAUACAGCUACAACCUUUCUACAUGCACAAAUGGAGAAAGUCUUAAAACUUGCUAGUGGUUGUUUUCAUGUUUUAGGUGAUGAAGUUGGAGAACAGGACUCACACUGUCUCAGGAUUGUGCUGAUUGGGAAGACCGGCUGUGGAAAGAGCUCUACAGGAAACACUAUUUUAGGAAGAAAUGAGUUUAAAGCUGAAUCAAGUCAAAUGUCAGUCACAAAAAGUUGCCAGAAAGCACAUAGUGAGGUGAACAGUCGUCCUGUUGAUGUGGUCGACACUCCUGGUCUGUUUGACACAACUUUGACCAAUGAUGAGAUUCAUGAGGAGAUGGUGAAAUUUGUCAGUCUCCUGGCUCCAGGACCACAUGUCUUCCUGCUGGUGGUACAGAUUGGUAGAUUCACAGCAGUGGAGACAAAGGAGACACUGGAGCUCAUAAAAAAAUUUUUUGGGAAGAACUCUCAGAAGUUUACUAUCGUCCUUUUAACAGGAGGAGAUGCACUGGAGAUUGACAGCUUGUCCUCAGAGGACUACAUCAAGAACAAAUGUGAUGAUUCCUUUAAGAAGCUGAUCUCUGACUGUGGAGGAAGAUACCAUGUGUUCAAUAACCGUGGCAAACACAAUCAAAAACAAGUCAGUGAGCUGAUAGCAAAGAUUGACACCAUGGUGAAGAAGAAUGGAGGACGCUGUUUCUCCAACAAGAUGCUGCAAGAGGCUGAAACUGCGAUAAGGAAGGAGAUGGAGACGAUUCUGAAAGAGAAGGAAGAAGAAAUUGUGAGAGAAACGAAAGCAAUUGAAAGAAAACAUCAGGAAGAAAUGGAAGCCAUGAAACAAAAAAUGGAAGAAGAUAGAAAAAAAAUGGAAAAGGAGAGGGAAGAGAAAGCUCAAGAACUCCAGGAAAUGGCAGACAAAAUUAAGGAAGAUCAAGAAAAAAGAAAAAUAGAAGAAGAAAAGAGAGAAAAAGAGAAGAGGGAAAAGGACGCUGAAGAAGAAGUACAUCGACAACAACUCAAAGAAGAACUUGAAAAAUUGGACAGACAAAUUCAGUUGGAAAAAGAAGCAAAGGAAAGUGUUGACAGGAAGCUGGAAGAGACCAGAGAAGAGAUGCAACGAAAACAAGAAGAGUGGGAGAAAGAACGAAGAGAAGAGCGAGAGAAACAACAACAAGAAGAUGAAUUGAGACGACAGGAGAAAGAAAAACUGGAAAAACUUGAGGAAAAACAUAAUACAGAAAAACUAAUAUAUGAAAACAAGAAACAAAAAGAGGAUCAAAUCAGAAGAGAGCAGGAAGAACAGAAAAUCAAAGAACUGGAGAAAAAACACAAGAAAUCUCUGGAGGACCUAGAGAAGAAAUAUAAAGAGGAAUCCAGAAAGAUAGCUGAAGAGCUUCAUGAAUCCAAAAUGAAACACAAGGAGGAAUUAAAAAGUCAGAGGGAAAACUAU